UAGCGAAAAAAGAAAUGCCAAAAAAAAAAAAAAAAACUGAAAAGCCAUUAAUUGAAUAUUCAGUUGAAAGUUCUCCUUCUUUCUUGCUUCCACUGACCUUCGAUUUGCUGCUCGCGUUUGUCUUCUUCACCAAGAAAUUGAGCUCUAUAUCUUACUUGAUCAACGCCCAUUUUGGUCACGAAUCAAUAGGGGACGCUUGCUGUAAAAACUCUGAGCAAACCUAUAGCUAGUAGACUCAAGGUUCAGGCCGGAAGGCAUCCCAAGUUCCGUAAUUUCAUCGUCGGCAUCGCCCAGGGAAAUCAAGAUAGCGUAGACUAUUAUGCAAUCAUGGAUCAAGCAAUUCAAUUUCCGGGGAAACCAUAGGAUAACAACACAAAUGCAAAGACGCAUAUAUGGUCAUGCAACUGAUGUUGAAAUUCGACCUUUGAAUGAGGAGAAAGCUGUUCAAGCGGCUGUAGACCUUCUGGGGGAAGUUUUUGUCUUCUCGGUUGCUGUAGCUGCUCUGAUAUUUGAGGUGCAAAGAAGUGCUCGGUCAGAAGCUAAGAAGGAGGAGCUUCGUAGGCAGGAAAUGGAGGUACUGAGGCAACGAGACGAUGAGUUGGCAAGAGAGGUAGAGCUUCUUAAGAGUAAGUUGCAGGAGCUUGACCAGCUAGCCCAGAAACGUGGACUUUCUGGUGUUUUUGGCUUUAGACAUGCUCAUGGAGAGGAAAGCAAGUCGGCGGCAGCAAAUUGAUUUCUUCAUGUUAAUCUGAUAUUGAAUAAUGCAUUUAUUUCUGAUUCAUAACGAUAAUUGGGCCUGCUCAGUUUAGACUUUUGACCUUCAUUGGCUCCCGAGCAUACAGUUUUGCUGAUUACUUGUUUCAUUUGUAAAUACACUCGCUGAAACAGAGGACUGAUCUGUAUUGAGUAUUAAACAAGGAAUUCAUCAUUGCAGCUGAUAAGGAUCUGCAGCAGUGAUAAAGAGAUAUUGUCAGGCAGUCAGGAAAGGAGAAGAGAGACCCUAAUUAUAAAAUUUCUGAACUUGGCUCCAAA